AUUAUAUCCUGCUACCUGGCCGCUGACCAGCAACGAUGUCCAUCAACAACUUCUACAGAGAGCCCGAGUUCGAGACGCUGCAGCUGCAUGCGGGGCAAGAGCCCGACCCGACCACGAACUCGCGCGCCCCGCCGAUCUACGCGACGACGAGCUACGUCUUCAACAACUCCGAACAUGGCGCGGACCUCUUCGGCCUCAGGACGUUCGGGAACAUCUACUCGCGCAUCGGGAACCCGACGGUCGACGUGUUCGAGAAACGUAUCGCGGCGCUCGAGGGCGGCGCUGCGGCUGUCGCCUCUGCGUCGGGCCAGGCGGCGCAGUUCAUGGCUGUUGCUGCCAUCGCGGGGGCGGGAGACAACAUUGUGUCGACGUCGUACUUGUACGGUGGAACGUACAACCAGUUCAAGGUGCUUUUCAAGAAGUUCGGUAUAGGCGUGAAGUUCGUGCAUGGGGAUGGCGCAGAGGCAUUUGCGGGUGCCAUCGACGAGAAGACGAAGGCGAUAUACGUAGAGAGUAUCGGAAACCCGAAGUACAAUGUCGUUGACAUCCCCGCGAUCUCCAAGCUUGCGCACGACCACGGAAUCCCUCUCAUCGUUGACAACACGUUCGGCAUCGGCGGAUACCUCAUCCGACCAAUAGAUCUCGGUGCCGACAUCGUCGUCCACAGCGCGACGAAAUGGAUCGGUGGCCACGGCACCACCAUCGGCGGUGUGGUCAUCGACUCGGGCAAGUUCGACUGGACGCGCUCGGGCAAGUUCCCCUCCUUCACGGAGCCCUCCGAGGGCUACCACGGCCUCGUCUUCUCGCAGACUUUCGGCCCCCUUGCGUUUGCGGUGAAGGUCCGGGUCGAGAUCCUACGCGACCUCGGCGCAACGCUGAAUCCGUUCGCGGCGUUCCUACUCCUCCAAGGUCUCGAAACCCUCAGCCUUCGCGGGCAGCGGCAUAGCGACAACGCGCUCGAGCUCGCGCGCUGGCUCGAGAAGCACCCGAAGGUCGCAUGGGUCAGUUACCUCGGGCUCGAGAACCACGGCUCGCACGCGAUCGCGAAGAAGCUGUUCAGGGAGAACGCGUUCGGCGGCGUGCUCAACUUUGGCGUCAAGGGCGACGCGGCGAUCGGGAGCAAGGUCGUGGACAACCUCAAGCUGGCGAGCAACCUCGCCAACGUCGGAGACGCGAAGACGCUCGUGAUCCAUCCUGCGACGACCACACAUCAGCAGCUGACGGCCGAGGAGCAGUUCGCGUCCGGAGUUACUCCCGAUCUCAUUCGGGUGUCGGUGGGUAUCGAAAACAUCAAGGACAUAAUUGCGGAUUUCGAGGAGGCGUUGAAGGUUGUACCUUGAAGCAACAAGUCUAUGGAAACCUUGACGUGGGGUACGGAGGGCAAAAUUCGAGCCUACCUGCCUACGGCACCAGCUGCCCGAACGUAGAAGUCUACUAAUGUUAAAGUGCGAUAUGUAUUCUAUUCUCAUGAUGGAGCGAUCUGGAUACGAGCGUGC